AUGUCGUUUGAUCCGACCGGUCGCAAGAACUUCAAUGUCGAAGAAGGAUCUCUUCCAAGCUCAUUGACCUCUCUCAAGCUGCUCGACUACAGUGGAUGCACCCUCACGACAACAACAAUACCAUCCUCCGUUGUCAAACUCACACUCACUGCCCUCACGGUGACAGGCUCCGCUGUGCCCAGAUCUGUCAAGCGACUGACCUUCUCAAACAGGAACGGCGAGUUUGAUCGCAAACUCAAUGAACUGCCAGACAAGUUGGAGCAUCUCGAUCUGCUUUGCCACCAAGACAGCGAUGACCUAGCCGCUUUGCCCUCAGGCAUCACUAUGCUCUCCACCCUGAUUCUGCACUAUAAACUCUGGAUGACCGACCAACUACACAAGGUUGGACAAAUUCCGCCCGGUGUCCGGGACCUUCGUCUCUCAUUGCACAAUGUCCAACGCGACAAUGUACCAAUACUAGUGGCGCUACCAUUGAUGCUCACCAGCUUGACUACACUUGGAGAGUUCAGAUAUGAUGGUGGCAUGCCAACGAACUUGAAACAUCUGACCAUCAACAGCCUGUAUGACACGGUCGAGAUGCCAUCGAUGCUCCCAACAUCAAUCACUGAGUUCUACAUUGACAAGGAGCUGCAAGAGUCUGAUUGGGGCAGCAACAGCCUCCACAACAACUUCCAAACUAUGGCAACAACCUCCACAACAACUUCCACAACAGCCUCCACACCAUCCACAAGGAGUCCUUUACAAGGGGUGGUGACAAGGUCUCCAAUAGGAAUCGCAUUAAUGUUCCAUUUUAUUGUAUAUAUCCUUACAAAGUAUGUUGAGGGAGUGUAG